AUGGACCAGCGUGAUCAUUAUGGUGUUGUGGCAUCGAUGUUGAAUGACAAGACAGAUAGCUUGUUAUCAUGGAAGAUAGUACCACGCGAUAACCCUGCAGCAGCAUUGCCAUCAGACUUUGCAUUGGUCUCAUUGACCACGACUGCGACCACCUCAACACUGGGUGGUGGCGGUUGCCCAUUGGAGCGUGGCGAGUACUCAUCGCAUUGUGACAUACUCUUUAGACAGACGUUGGACAGGAUCAAAAGUCACAGUGACAUUGUCAAGGCAGUGUUCCCAGAGCGCAAGAUCGUCGAUCCCCUCAAGGGAUGGGAUGAUCCAUAUCCAGACACAGAGGUGCUGGUGGGACGCAAGCCACAAGGUCGCUUCCACGAUCAGAUCCCAGACAUGAACGAUCAUGAGGUGAUCCUCGAUGAGCAUGUCGAUGGAACAAACAGACAUCUGUUCGAGGCCAAUCAAAAGGCCUUCCAAAUCACCGAGGUAUUGGACGCACAGGUCAUCUGGGACAAUGGAUUCACGGGCAAGGGCACAAAGGUUGCGAUAUUCGACACAGGUCUGCAUAAGGACCAUCGACACUUCCGAAAUGUCAAAUCGAUUCAUGACUACACCAGCGAGAAGAUCUUCAACGAUGAGAUUGGCCACGGCACUUUUGUCACGGGCGUCAUUGCCAGUGACCAUGAGGAGUGCCCUGGUCUGGCGCCAGAUGCCGAGCUCUACAUCUUCCGAGUGUUCACCACCAAGAAGCUCUCAUACACAUCAUGGUUUCUCGACGCAUUCAACCACGCCAUUCAUAUCCAAGUCGAUGUGCUUAACCUAAGCAUUGGUGGACAUGACUACAUGGAUCGACCAUUCGUCGAGAAGGUCUGGGAGAUGAGCGCCAACAACAUCAUCGUCGUAUCAGCCAUCGGUAAUGAUGGUCCACUCUACGGAUUGAGCAGCACACUAAGCAAUCCAGCAGAUCAAUCGGAUGUCAUUGGCGUCGGAUCAAUCGAUGAGUAUGACAAGAUAGCCUCGUUCUCAUCACGAGGAAUGACAACAUGGGAGAUACCUGAGGGUUAUGGACGAAUCAAACCGGACAUUGUGACUUAUGGCUCCAACGUUCAAGGCUCAAUGGCACCAAACACAUUUACAUCGAACAAACAGUGUCGCCCUCUAUCGGGAACGAGUGUGUCGUCUCCGGUCGUAGCCGGAGCCAUAGCACUGCUGAUCAGCACAGUUGACAAGGACAAGCGAAGCUUUGUCAACCCGGCCAGCAUCAAGCAGGUGCUUCUCGAGUCAGCGCGGCCCAUACCCGAGGCCAACAUCUUUGAACAGGGACAUGGCAAGCUCAACCUGCUUGAGGCGUACAAGUCGCUGAGCAAGUAUAGACCACGCGCAUCAUUCUCGCCCACCUCUGUCGACUUUACAAGCUGCCCGUACAACUGGCCCUUCUGCACUCAACCGCUGUAUUACAGCGGUAUCCCAACCGUUGUAAAUAUCACAAUCAUCAAUGGCAUGGAUGUGUCAGGGCAGAUCGUCUCACCGCCCCGCUGGAUACCAGCCAGCCGCGAUGGAGAUCUGCUACACGUGUCAUUCAGCUAUCAAGAGCUGAUCUGGCCGUGGACUGGCCACAUUGGACUACAUAUUAGCGUAAAGGAGGAAGCCAUUGACUUUGAAGGAAUAGCCGAGGGCUUUGUACAGGUCAACAUCACAUCACCUCCACAGCUUGGCGAGCAAAAGAACAGAUUCCAAUCCAUGCUAUUGCCCGUCAAGGUCAAGGUCAUACCAACGCCACCGCGCCACAAGCGUAUACUCUGGGAUCAAUAUCACAACCUGCGCUAUCCCUCUGGCUUCUUGCCCAAGGACGCCCUGGACAUUCGAGACGAGCCGUUCGAUUGGAAUGGUGACCACCCUCACACCAACUUCCGCAACUUGUAUCAACGACUGCGAGACAUUGGCUACUAUCUUGAGAUCAUUGGCUCUCCACUGACCUGUUUUGACCCAGAGAACUAUGGAGCCUUGCUCAUUGUCGAUCCCGAAGAGGAGUUCUUCCCCGCUGAGAUCAAGAAGAUCGAGGAGGAUGUGCGUAGCAGAGGACUCAAUCUUAUCGUGUUUGCCGACUGGUACAACCUUGACAUCAUGGAGAAGAUCAAGUUCUACGAUGACAAUACUGAACGACAUUGGACUCCCGCCACUGGUGGCGCAAAUAUCCCAGCAAUCAAUGACUUCCUCUCCAACUUUGGUAUCUACUUUGGCGACACUGUAUUCAAUGGUGACAUACAGAUUGGCGACAACUCUGCCUUCUUUGCCUCGGGUUCCUCGAUCAUUGGCUUCCCCAAGGGUGGACAUGUUUACUCUGCCGAGUUACUGGACCUAAACCGUCAGGUAUUGAUGCGACGCUCAGCUUCACAGACCGUUCCAAUUCUCGGACUCUACCAGUCUCUAUCAAUGCAUCAUGAACAAGUUGCCUCAAGCAGCCACAACAACAGUGGAAGUAGCAGUAGCGGCGGUAGUAGUGAAGGUUAUCAAUCAGGCAUUGUUGCUGUCUUUGGCGAUUCAACUUGUUUGGACGAUGUACGACAUAAGAUUGGCGCGCAUCAAAAGAAUGUCGACGAUUGCUACUGGGUGCUCGAAAGCAUACUCAGUGCCACACAGGACGGAAAGGACGUGCGAGAGGUGUUCCCUGGAAUCACCACACUCGAUUCACCACUAGUGCCACACGACAAGAACAACAAGUAUAAAUACGACAUACCGAGCCGGCCCAAGGAUGGAGACCUGAUUGUCAUGUCCAAGGUCACCGGUGUACAGAACCUCUCGGAGGAUCAAUGCUCACAACGGCCGCACCAGCUGGAAUCAGACAUCUAUGACUGGGCCAAUCUUUACAAGUACGCCAACAUCACGUGGAGGCAACGUAGUCGUGUGCUUCCAAACCUACAGAUGCCCUACAUUCCCAGCAAAGACCUCGACGACAUUGACUCGCAAUACUUUAUUCCCUACAUCCUUGUGCUGUUGGCGCUGAUACUCUUGAUGGCACAUUUCUUCAGACGCAAAGAGAGGCCUUCCAACAACGCGGCAACGGCACGACUUCAGCCCCCAUCCAGCAUACGAAUCGACACUGGAGAGGUAUAG